CAUACUCUCUUCUGACAUUCACAUCUCAAUACCAUCAACACAACUUGCACACACACCCCUUUCUUCAAUUACAACCACAUACGAAUCACACAUCAUGACGAACGUUCCUGCCCAUCUUCCCGGUGAUCUUGGCGAGCAUGACCCUCGCCGUGAGGCCCACCCCCAUGGCAACGAGCCCGGAUCUGGUGGCCACGAAGUCAAGCUCGGCUCCAGCGAGGCCAAGGGCCUUGACAGCGGCGCCACUGCUGCUGAGCACAGCAGAAACAACGACCCCAGAUCAGACAACACUGCCGCACACGCCCUUGAGGGUGGCAGCACCGAGACCAUGGACCGCCAAAAGCGUCAGCACAACACCAGCAUCCCCGGUGGCCGCACUGGCCAUGACGGUGUUGAUGACCACCUCACCCGUGGUGGCUACGAGCAAGAGAACACUCGCGGUACCGGCCUCACCGGCAACCACGGUUCGCACACCGGCUCUGGUUUGACCGGUUCUUCCCACACCGGCUCAGGCCUCACCGGCUCGAACACCACUGGCUCCGGCCUCACUGGCUCCCACACUCACCACCACGGCUCGACUGGCUCCGGUCUGACCGGCGGUCUUUCGCAGUCUGGCACUGAGCCCAUCUCUGGCACCAGAGGCUCCGGCAUUGGCGGCGCUCCCUACGAUGCUGGCAACCUCCAGUCAUCUGGUUUCAGCGGCUCUGACCCUCAGGAGCGUCACCAGCUCCACCACGGCACUGCCUCCCACGGCCAUGACUUCAGCCACAACCACACCACCCGCACUGGCGAGCUCCUCGACCCUGCCAGCGGUAGAGACACUGGCAUUCCCGGCUACACCGGCGGUGCCUCUGGACUCACUGGUUCAAACACCCACGGCACUGGCUUGACCGGUUCUCACACUGGUUCCGGUCUCACCGGCUCGCACACCGGCACUGGCCUCACUGGCUCAUCGCACACCGGUACCGGUUUGACCGGCUCAUCUCACACCGGCUCUGGCCUUACUGGCUCAUCCACCACUGGUACCGGCUACGGCCAGACCGGCUCCCACACUGGUGAGGGCAUCCUCCGCGAGGGCGAGCGUGCUGUCCACACUGGCACUCACGGUUCGACUGGCUCUGGCUUGACCGGCUCUCACACCGGCUCAGGUCUUACCGGUUCAUCCCACACUGGUUCGGGCCUUACUGGCUCGCACACUGGUACCGGUUUGACCGGCUCCAACACUGGUUACGGCCAGACUGGCUCCACCGGCGAGCGCCUCAGAGAGGAUGUUCGUGAGGGUGAGCGCGCUGUUGGCUCUGGCACCCACAACACCACUGGCUCCGGUCUUACCGGUUCCACCACUGGUCACCACGGCUCAACCGGCUCUGGCUUGACUGGUUCCACCACCACCGGUCACCACGGCGAGACCACUGGUGAGCGCCUCAGAGAUGACGUCCGCGAGGGCGAGCACGCCACUGGCCACAACACCACCGGUACCACCGGCGAGCACAAGAAGGCUUCGCUUCUCGACAAGUUGAACCCUCUCAAGGACUCUGACGGUGACGGCAAGAAGGGUUUCAUGAAGUAAACUUCUGGAACAUCAACACAGAUACCCCCAUAAAGCACGAUUAGUCAUGACCGAUACUUUAAUGUAGUAUAACGAACCUUUACUGAAUGAAUCUUAACUUCUUCAUCAAAUAACU